CGCGAGCCCUAGCAUGGAUAAGGGAUCAUUAGGUUCUCGCCAACGAAGCAGCAUCCCUAUGACACCACGGUCAUUAGGAAGCACACAAGCCGAUUUCGCGCGACAACUAGCUGAGAGGAACCACGCGCUACAUCCGCAAAAGAAGUUUAAAUCAUCCACGCCAAGGGGAGUGAAGCUGGGAACAGGGUAUACCGACAGGUCACAAACUCGCGAGGACAACGAAGAUGACCGGGAGGAGAGAUUGAAGGCGCUUGAAAAAGCUCUUAAAGACGAAGAAAUCGACCAACCAACAUACGAAAAGCUAAGAUUCCAAAUUGCAGGUGGAGAUCUUGGGAGCACACAUCUGGUAAAGGGACUCGAUUUCAAGCUCCUUGAAAGGAUACGCAAAGGCGAGGACGUCUACGGAAAUAAGGAACCGGAAAAGGAAGAAGCUGAAGCUGCCGCUGAAGACGUAGACGAUGAAUUCGACGAGCUCGAAGACCGAGACGUACAAGCAAUCGCAAAGGAAAAGGGAGAAAAGAAAAAGGGCAAUCUCUCAACCGUGGCUCUGGCUCCGGGAAAGAAGAGAACACGCGACCAGAUUCUAGCGGAGCUAAAAGCAGCCCGGCUAGCAGCAAAGGAAGCGCAAGAAUCAACUCUUGGAGACCGAUUCAAGAAGAUUGGAGCAAAACAAAAACCAGGAACACGAAUCGAAAAAGACAGUAAAGGAAGGGAAGUUUUGAUUAUAGUAGAUGAAGAUGGGCAUGAGAAAAGGAAGGUUCGGAAGGUACAGCCCGAACAGGAAGAUUCACGGGGCGGCCUUUUAAUGCCAGACAAGGAUGCCAAGCCGUUGGGUAUGGAAGUUCCUGAACAAUACCGGAAGAAAGAGGAGGCAGAGGAAGACGAUGGCGAUGUGGAUAUCUUUGAAGAUGCCGGUGACGACUACAAUCCAUUGGCCGGAGUGGAGGGAUCUGACUCUGAUUCGGACGAAGAAGAGAGUGACAACAGCAAGCAGGAAGCAAGUAAGGAGGCCGGCACAAAAGAAUCUAUGCCACCCCCGCCAAAGCCGUCUCUUUCACAGCCAGAACGCCGCAACUACUUCAAAGAUGCAAAGACGGGACUUAUAUCCAAGGAAGCCAACAAAGGGCCAUCUAUGUCUGACCCGGCAAUAUUGGCAGCCAUCAAGAAGGCAGCAUCUCUCAGGCCCAUCGAGCAAGAAGGUGAGGACGACAAAGCCAAGGAAGAGGCCAAAGCGCUGGAAGAACGAAGGAAGAAGCUCCUUCAAAUGCAGAGCCGUGACGACGAUGACAUCGACAUGGGCUUUGGCACUAGUAGAUUUGAGGAUGAGGAAGACUUUGACGAUUCGAAAGUCAAGCUGUCGAAGUGGGGCGAUGACACCGGAGAAGAGGGUUCAAGUAGAGGCGACAAGUCAAAGCGGAAGAGGGGGCCGAAGAAGCGAAAAGGCGAUGCCAACAGCGCGGCGGACGUGAUGCGGGUCGUCGAGCAGCGCAAGAAGUCUGGAUGA